UUGAACUUUUCCAGAACGAAACAAUACAACUCUACUGUGAACAAAAGGAAUUCAUAAAUAAAAAUUAUUCAAGCGUUAAUUAAGCAGAAAUUGGGAGCAAACAGCAGGGGUAUAAUAGAUAGAAAAUGUUUCGCUCUAGUUUUGAUAGAAAUCUGGAGAAUGCCACGAGCCAUUUGCGCCUGGAACCAGAUUGGCCCUCGAUUCUCCUGAUCUGCGAUGAAAUCAAUCAAAAAGAUGUCACACCAAAAAACGCGUUUGCUGCAAUUAAAAAGAAAAUGAACUCACCCAAUCCGCACUCGGCAUGCUAUUCCCUGCUCGUCCUCGAGAGCAUUGUCAAGAAUUGCGGUGCUCCCGUGCACGAGGAGGUUUUCACCAAGGAGAACUGCGAGAUGUUCAGCAGUUUCCUGGAGCUAACGCCCCAUGAGAAUGUGCGCCAGAAGAUGCUGGAGCUUGUCCAGACCUGGGCCUAUGCAUUCCGCUCAUCGGACAAAUAUCAGGCCAUCAAGGACACGAUGACCAUACUGAAGGCCAAGGGACACACGUUUCCGGAGUUGAAGGAGGCGGAUGCGAUGUUCACGGCGGACACAGCGCCCAAUUGGGCAGAUGGAAAGGUGUGUCAUCGCUGUCGCGUGGAGUUCACGUUCACCAAUCGCAAGCAUCAUUGCCGCAAUUGUGGCCAGGUGUUUUGUGGCCAAUGCACCGCCAAACAGUGUCCUCUGCCCAAGUACGGCAUCGAGAAGGAUGUGCGAGUGUGCGACGGCUGCUUCAUGGCACUGCAGCGUCCAGCUGGAGGAGCGGGAGGAGCCAAGGCGACCACGCGAGUUGGCGACUCUGAUCUUCCGGCUGAAUAUCUGAAUAGCUCGCUAUCCCAACAGGUGCAGACGCCGGCGCGCAAAAGCGAACAAGAGUUGAAGGAGGAGGAGGAACUGAAUCUGGCGCUGGCUUUAAGUCAAUCGGAGGCGGAGCUGAAGAAGCAACCGAUCACAUAUCGCAUGCAACAACAUUCCCCCAGUCCGGAGGCAACACAACCGCAGUUGGCAGUGCAACAACAACAACAGCAACAACAACUGCAACAGCAGCAGGAGGAAAGCAAUCCCGAGCUGGCCAAGUAUUUGAAUCGCAGCUAUUGGGAGCAGCGCAAGAUAAGCGAAUCCUCAUCCAUGGCCAGUCCAUCGGCACCCAGUCCCAUGCCACCAACACCACAACCCCAACAACAGCAACAACUGCUGCAGCAACAACAACAACCACCGCAACAACAACUGCUGUCAACACUGACAGCACCAAAAACGGCAGAUGAAUUGCAAAUUGCUGAGUUUGCCGCCAAUAUGCGCACCCAGGUGGAGAUCUUUGUCAAUCGCAUGAAAUCGAAUUCGAGUCGUGGUCGCAGCAUUUCCAAUGAUUCCUCCGUGCAAACCUUAUUCAUGACACUCACCUCGUUGCACUCGCAACAACUCAGCUACAUCAAGGAGAUGGACGACAAACGCAUGUGGUAUGAGCAACUGCAGGAUAAGCUGGCGCAGAUUAAGGAUUCGCGCGCUGCGCUCGAUGUGUUGCGUCAGGAGCAUGUGGAGAAGUUGCGUCGCAUUGCCGAGGAACAGGAGCGUCAACGUCAGCUGCAAAUGGCCCAAAAGCUGGAGAUAAUGCGCAAGAAGAAGCAAGAAUAUUUGCAAUAUCAGCGACAGCUCGCCCUGCAGCGCAUCCAGGAGCAGGAGCGUGAAAUGCAGCUACGCCAGGAGCAGCAAAAGGCACAGUAUUUGAUGGGACAGACAGCGCCGUUUCCCUAUAUGCCAACUACAGCGGUUGGACCACUUGGUUCGCCAUCGCUUGUGUAUAGUCCAUAUGGUUAUCCACCAGCUCCAAUUUCAGCUCCAGCUGCUGGUCAGUUUGCACCACCUGGCAUGUACAUGAGGCAGCCACCGCUGCCCGAUAAUCCGUAUCCCAAUCCAAACCAGGCCAUGAUGUCGCAGCUGCCACAGCCACAACAACAACAACAACAGCAGCCACAGCUGCAGCAACCACCAACUCAGCCUCUACAGCAGCCACAAGCACCACCACCACAUUUGGCCCAUGCUAUGCUGCAGCAACAGCAUGUGGUGCAAUCGCAUCCACCGCUAUCCAAUGUCCAGGUUGCACCACCGCAAACGGCUCCAACACAACAGGUUCCUCCACCACCACCACAACAACAACAACAACUACCAAUUCCUCAAGCCGUUGCACCAACUCAGCAGCAACCACCAGUAACUGUAUCAGCACCAUCAGCUGUAGACGCUACCGUUCAAGCGGUGGCAGCUGCUCCUGCACCACCACAAAACGAACCCGAACCAAUUCCGGCUGCCUCCAAAGCCGCCGAACCCGCCACUGCGGAGCUCAUAAGCUUCGACUAAGGCCACAUUUGUUAACGUUAUUCUCUAUAAAAUCAACUAAUCAGACUUUGUCAUGCUUCUCACACUUUUAAGAUCACAAACAGUGCUGUCAGAAUUUUAACAGUUAAAAUACGAAAACAUAGAAAAUAGUUGGCAAAAAAACAAUUUUCCUAAACAAACUUAAACAAAAAACGUUUAGCAUAAAAAAAUCUUAUUCGAUAUUCCGAGUCUUCACAGUUUCUUACAUCAAUGGAAAACACUUUAACCAACAGAAUUUCAUUAAUUUUAAUGUGAAUUAAAGCUUACAAAGUUUUUUUACUAUUUCUUUUUAUAUCAACCGUUUUUUGCUUUAAUUACCCCUUAUUUAUGUUUUCACAUCACUUUUUUUUAACUGUUAUAAUUCUGGCAACGCUGAUCGUAAAACCCACUUGUUUGAUCCUAUAAAUGUAAAAGAAAAGAUUUAAAGCUUUCACAAAGUCUGAACGUAAUCACCAAGUGUAAUCCGCAAGUUAUUCCAAAAUGAGCAUUAUUUUUAUUAUUAUUAUUAUUAUUAUUAUAUUGUAUAUGUAGUCAAAA